AUGUACUUUUCGCUACCGUCAUGUCAAGAACGUCGUCAUACCAAACCAUUAUCCAUCGAGAACCAUCUGGACAAGCAAACCCCGCUGACAAUUCAGUUACCCUCAGAAGAUUUAGGCACAAAUGGUAGCAUUAGCGAAACUCGUCUGAUCGAGAUUUUCAACAACAUUCAAGAUCACUGGGGCUCACCACCUAUUCUGACACCGGAUACGUUGGCAUACAUAUUAAGCAAUCAGUGGGUAAAGGAUACACCUUUACAAGGAUUAAACCUACCGAUGAAAAUGCAGAAUGACGAGGAAAAGGAACGCUGUCCCGUGUCACAGCUGGGGACCCAUCUUACAACCGCCGUUGAAAAUGAACCACCUGUCAAUCGUUUGGUCGAUGAAUUAUCCACAACCGCCCGUAAUUACGGCUUGCUAGCUUUGGAUCGGAUAUUAGCGACCGAUCCUCUUCUUCAAAAUAAGCAAACAUCAGCCAAUGAUGUCAUUGAUCGAUUGACGUUAAUCCUACAUAUGUUCAAUAACCAGACGGUGUCGAUGAAUAUGAGGUCAUCCAAACCAGUCGAUGUAUCUGCUCCUGAAACUGUGCCACCCAUUACGGAUGAACAGCAACAUUGA